AUGGCCAAAAUUGAAGGUGCACAGAUGGAUCUGUCCUGGGUAAAGGCAAAACCAGGCGACAUUCCAGAUGGAGCCAUUGAUGUACAGCCUGGCAUCUACGUCUGCCGCGCCCUCUACGAGGCUGAACAAGUACCCGGAAAGUACAUUUCCGCAAUGUUCGAAGCCUUCGUUCCCUGCGCUGGGCGUGAAAAUCCGGUGGAGGCGUGUGAAGUACUCUGUGACACUCGUUGUCGCGGGAAGCCUCCCUGGUAA